CCGCAAAAAGAUUAAUUUGAAUAAUCACUGAACAAAUUCUCUCUCUCACACAGAAAACACACACAGAAGAAUCUCAGCGGCAUUUGUGCACCACAAUUUCGUUGCCAUGUAGUUGUUCAUAUGCUUUCUCAUACUUCUGAAUCACACAUACACGCGAAGAAGAUAUAUGUACAUACAUAUAUAUAUAUAUAAAACCUGAUAUUUAAUGGAUUUCACUUCUCAAACAAAAUCCAGAUUUUCGCACCCAAAUUGCUGCCCCCUCUUCUUCCUCUCAUGGCGGUUCACUUUCACCCCCGGCUUUUUUCCGUCGGAGUAUUCCAAAUACAGGCAUUCUCCGCGCCCGAACGCCGUCGCCGAUUCUCCGCCUCCGCCGUGAAUACGAGAGUUGAUUCCGGCGCGGCGGGGAAGUCCGGUACUGCUAUUCUGUGGUACAAGCACGACCUCCGCGUAGAAGAUCACCUCGGGCUCAACGCCGCCUCCCAGCAUCGUUGUGUUGUACCACUGUACAUCUUCGAUCGCCGCAUUCUCUCACGAUUUUCGGAUGAAAUGCUAGAACUUCUCCUCUUCGCUUUGGAGGAUUUAAAGAAAUCGCUUACCGAGCAGGGUUCCAAUCUGUUGGUCAGGUUUGGAAGUGCGGAAAAUGUCAUAGGCGAACUAGUCAAAGAGGUCCAGGCUAGCAAUAUAUUUGUAGAAGAGGAGGUGGAGUAUGAGCUCUGCUUAAUGGUUGAUCUUGUUAAGGAGUCAUUAUCUACUUCAUCUUUUAAUGGAAACAACCCCGAGAUUGUUAUGUGGAGCUCCCCGUUUUAUGACGUUAAGAGUUCAAGGGAUCUGCCAUCAUCUUUUGAUGACUUUCAAAAGUUCAAGCUACCUAUUGUUUCCCCUCUUCUGCCGCCAAAGUUACCUGGCAAUGUGAUGAGUUUGUCUUGGGGUACACUUCCCACCUUGGACGAUUUGAAAAAAUACGUGGACGAUGUCACUGGUGGCAAUACAAAAAAAGAAUGGACUUCCAUUAAAAAGUUCUCUGCUGAAAAUCUGUUACAAAGAAAGCUGAGGGAAAAUCGUGUAUUGAAGCCAGGAGAACUGAAAGAGGACAAUCAGCAAGGUUCUAGUAUCGGAACUACCCUAAGAAAGAAAUCAGAAAAAUCAGCAUUUUUAACAAGCCAAGGGAGCUCAGUAGGAGGUGGAUCUAGCCUUGUGUUGAAUGCUUUGGCUGCUUACUUGCGAUACUUGGAAGGAACUGCCAGAGAUGAAUAUCAGGAGGUACAUGAUAAACUGCGGUUAGCUGAAACGCGAGAAGGAGCUUCAUUUCAAGCCCUCUUUGGUUCUGCCCUUCUUCUUGGCAUUAUUUCCAGAAACAGAGUAUACUUUGAGGCUAUCAAAUAUGAGAAAGAACGAAAUGGAGGAUUCUUAUCCCCAUUUGGGUAUUCUACAAUUACAGUGGCUGCGACAAUCAAUACUGUGGUUUCGAUGGAGUGGUAUUGGCUUUUGAAUUUGAAAGGUCGAAACAAUGAGGCAGGCAAAUUCCCAAUUCGGAUAUGGCGAUGGAAUAAUUAUCUAAUUCAAUAUACAGUUGCUGGUCAGGAAGGUCCUGCUAUUCUUCUUGUGCAUGGUUUUGGUGCGUUUUUGGAGCAUUACAGAGAUAAUGUAUAUCCCAUAGCUGAGUCUGGCAAUAGAGUUUGGGCAAUCACACUACUUGGUUUUGGGAAAUCAGAAAAACCAAACAUCAUAUACACUGAACUCGUAUGGGCUGAGCUGGUUCGCGACUUUAUAAUUGAGGUUGUUGGGGAACCUGUCCAUCUUGUUGGGAACUCAAUUGGUGGAUAUUCUGUUGCUAUUUUGGCUGGUCUCUGGUCUUCUUUAGUCAAGUCUGUUGUCCUUAUGAACACUGCUGGCAAUAUUGUUCCUGGAUAUUCUCCUUUGAGCUAUUCAAAAGAUAGGCGGACUUCAGGAGCCGCAUGGUUGGGGGCCAGAGUCCUUUCGGGGUACUUGAGAUUCAAUAUCAAGAAUAUACUAAGGAACUUUUAUCCAACAAAAACUGAUAGAGCUGAUGAUUGGCUCAUAACUGAGAUGAUUAGAGCUUCAUAUGACCCUGGUGUGAUAUAUGUUCUGGAAAGCAUCUUCAGCUUUGAUCUGUCACUUCCUCUAAAUUAUCUUUUGGAGGGAUUUGAGAAGAAGUUGCUCAUAAUACAGGGAAUGAAAGAUCCAUUGUCCGACUCCAAGUCGAUGUUAGCUAUGUUCAGAGAACACUGCAGAGGGGCUGCAAUAAAAGAAAUAAAUGCUGGGCAUUGUCCUCAUGACGAGCUGCCAAAUGAAGUGAAUUCGAUUAUCAAGGAAUGGGUGGUGACCCUUGAAAACAGUUGCAGUAAUGUGGACAAUACACUUAUAUGAUAUAUAAUGGGUGGUAGUGGAGCUCCACACAGACAGUCAUUCCCAAGAAAUGCAGUCGCCGGAAACUUUGUGGCCGGAAGCUCGCCGCACAGAUGGUUG